AUGUCGAAACGUGGUACUCAACGAACUCGUGGCAGUACUAAACCUGCAAGUAGUGCUAAAGCUUCCGCUACCCUUAACACACAUGGGAUCACUGCAGUGACCUUAUUUUCUGCAGGAGAAGUAUCAUUUUCCUCUGGAAUCGACGAACACGGCAUUGAUGAUAAUAUUGAUUCGGAUUUACGAGUGAUUUUACGGAAAUUAACAAAAAAAGAUUCAACAACCAAGAUUCGAGCGUUCAACGAAUUACGUGACUAUUGUGAUGCAAAUGAAAAAGAUGACAAGAUUCAGGCUAUUCUACCAUUUUUCGUUUCACAUUACCGCAAAUGGUCGAUCGAUCCUGAUCAACGCGUUCGUGAUGAAUGUCAAUUAACAUUUGACACCAUUGGUACGCGCAUGCAAAAGAAACUUCUACCACAUUUAAAAACUCUCCUACCAAUUUGGUUAAUGGCUCAAUGUGAUUCUUACGCACCAGCUGCGUCGAAAGCGAAGUUUCUCUAUACGAAAUUGUUUUACAGUGUAGAAAGACAAGCUGAAGCUGUCUAUUUUGCUGGAAAUGAAAUUAUGACAACAUUAACUGAUGAAAUCAAUCAAUGUUCAGAUGCUCUUAAAGACAAGAAAGAAAACGAAAUGGAGACUGAUGAUGCACAUGAGAGACGAUUAACACAAGUUCUGUUAGCCUUGGCCUUGUUCUUGAAUUAUUUAGAAGAAAAGAAACGUGCGGAAUUAACAGGUUAUUUCAAAACUAUAUUCGAUUCCGGGAAAUUUUGGAAACUAGAUCAAAUCAAAUCAAUUAAAAUUCAAAGUUCGUUCUAUCGUUGUCUCGAAGACUUAAUUACCCUUAUUCCAGACGUCAUGUGUGAAUAUAAAGUGAAAAUCAUUCCACUUGUUUUCCAUUCAAUUAACGAAACUGAGCCCAAACUUUGUCCUGUCAUAUGGGAAUGUUUAAUCCUUUGUCUCGAUACGUUUGAUGAUUGUUGGUCAUUAGUUAAAUAUCAAAAAGCGUUUUUACCGAAAUUAUACGCCUUUUUAAGACAUGCUUGUCAUGGAAAUGUUUUCGGAGUGAAAGAUUGUUUUGUACGAUUGUUACAAAAAAUACCGGAAGAGAUUAUCAACGAUAAGACGACCUAUCGAUUCGUGGAAAACUUCUUUUCUGCUAUGGAAGAUGGAAUUAUUUCGAUUAAAGGACGGCAACAAAUGACAAGCGUCAGUUCAUUAUUAAAUGCUUACAUGGAUUGUUUACUCUACAUCUUAGACCAUCACUCUACUGACCAACUUGCUUUUCUUAGUGAACGAUUGGUACCAAUGAUACGUUUGUCAUUGAUUGAUAAAGAUUGUUCAUUUCGAAAUGUCUUCGCUCGACAAUAUGUGCCUGUUUUGAACUCAAUCAAAUCAUUUCGACUUUAUCGUGAUCAUCUGAAUAGUGUUUCAUCAUUAUUUCAUAAUCUAAUCAAUCAACCAUCAACAACAACAACAGAAUCGAAUGAUCUCAAGUACAUCUUCGAUCAAUCGGCUGUUCUCUUUGAUACGAUACUUUCUCCUCCGAAAUUGAAAAACUUACGCUUUGCAGUAACAACAAUUAAAACAUCAUCAUCAACUGAUCUGUCAUCAAUCGAUUCGGCUACAUUUCAAGCUGAAGAUACGGAUGACAUUGACAAUAACGAUCAAAAAGAUAAAUAUCUGACUGGCUUCGCUACAAAAUUAUGUCAAGAUUGUUUUCAAUUUUGCCUGAAUAAUCCGACGCAUCCUGCAUUUGAAAAUAGUUUAGAUCUAUUUACACGUCUAUUAAACUCGUCAGCAUCGAAUAGUACUGAAAUCAUAACUAAACUAGCAGAAAAUUUGGAUUCAACAACUACUAUUCCCGAAUUAUUCUAUCUGAAUUACGCAAGACCAUUGAUAACAGUUGCCAUUGAACAACAUUGUUCAUUGGAUCAUAUUGUCGACUUAACUAUUCAAGUAUUGAAUACGUUCGAUUCAUCGGAAACCAUCGUCGAACGUGUUCUUGCUGAUCUAAUCAAACUUGAAUCAUCUCGUCGAUUCUACUUUCUCUUAGCUUCGAUUGUUUGCCGUUACGAAUCGUCGCCUUCAUUUCAUACAUGGCUACAAAACCAUGGUGUUCUCGAACAAUUAUUAAACAUGACAGCUAGUGUGACAAAAUCGAGUGAAAAUCCCGAUUUAAACUUCCCUGUUUCAACCGAAGAAUUUCAGUUACUCUCAUCAUUACUUUGUUCAGCGAAACCAACUCAGUUUUUGACAUCCAUCCAACAAGAACAAAUCGUUUAUCUUGCCUGUCGUCUACUUGAACAGCAAACACCUUCAGUGAAUGAUUCCGAUUCACACAAAGACCUUAUUCAAAGUAUUGAUCAUGUUGCUAGACAUCUAUUUCAAACAAUUAAUAGUACAUAUAUGAAUCAAUCGACGAAAAAUCUCUUUCAACUCUACGUUCUCAAUGAUAUCAACAAUCUAAUCCGAAAAAAUACUGAUUUAAGUCUUCAUCAACGUUCGAUUUGGCUAAUCGCGAUAAAACAAUCGAAAAAGGUUUCUAAAGAUAUUUUUCAACAUCUCAUUCAACUUCUCGUCUCAUAUAUUCCGACACAAUCUGAUAACGAACUUUUCGUCGAUAUGAUCAUUUCAAUUUGUCAAGAUGAAACAAAUUUAGCUGAAGAAUUGUAUUCGAAAUUAUUACAACGUAUUUCCCUAUCAAACGAUUUAAUUCAUGAAUCAUGGAUUGUCGGUAUUCUUCAUGGAUGGCUGUUACCUGAUCAGACAAUUGAUAUGAAAUUUUCCAAUAAAAAAUUCUCCGAUUCCGAUCGUUUUCUGGAUGUUCAAUUUCUUUGUUUAUUGGCUAUUCGUCAAUAUGAAUUGAACUCUUACCUUUGGACAAAUGAUGAAUUGAUAAAAAGUUUAGUUUUGAAUUAUUAUUUGUUUCAAUAUCGUUGUGUCGAUGUGAAACCGUUGCAUAUUCUCUUCGAACGUUUAUUCCUUCUCUCGACAUUUUCUAUCGACUUGAAUCUGAUUGAAAAAUCGUCACUCUCCAAUGAAUUCUAUUCCGAAUUGAUUUAUUAUCAUCUCUACUGUCAAAUCAAAGAUCGAUAUUUAACAAUCAAUCAACGUGAUGAUAUUAUUCAAUAUACAUUGAUCGCGGGUAACAACGAUGAAUUCAAUUGCCAUUUAAUUCUCGCGUCGUUCUUUCGUGAGUCUCAAUUGAAAAUUUUAAUUCCGUAUUUGAUCAAACAAUGUCAAGAAGAACAACGAAGCGAAUUGACUUUAGCAGCAUUGAAUCAAGCGCUAAUUCGAAUGAAUAAACUAGGAAUUAUAUUUGAGAAAGAAUACUUGAAUCAAAUCUUAGAAGUGCUAAUGAAAUCCAGUCUAUCGUCGAAGGAAUUGCUUCAACUAAUACAAUUAUGGAAUACUUUAAUUAAUCAUGGAACAUUUGUGUAUCAGUUUGAACAAGCUCAUUGGGAUCAUGUUUUAUGUUUGAUAAGUGAUCUAUUUCAACAGUUAACAAAUAUUCAGCAACAAAUUCAACAAGAAUUUACCUUGAGAACGGAAUUUCUCUUUAUCCAUGCGGCGAAUUUGCUAACAACAGUUGGAAAUCUUUUGACAAACGCAACGAAACAAGAAGAUACUGAAGGAUUUAGUAAACAGUUGUUAGAGGAAUGGUUAGUUCUCUAUAGUAAAGACAUCUAUCAAGGUCUACUACCACUCUACAUCGCAUUGCCUAGUGCUUUAGCAGAAUUUUCUGCAUUUCAUGUAACUAAUGAAAUGGUCAAAUCAAUCUGUUGUGCUAUUUGUACAAUUCCAACAGAUUAUCUUGUUUCGAACAGUCUAAAACCACUUUUCCAUUCAUCGGAUAACCAAUCAACUCUCUCCGAUCACAUUCAAACUGUAUUCAAUCAUCUCUAUCGUUUACUUUGUCUAACUCCGAACCGUUCAUUGCAAUACUCUGCCUAUCAUCUUUUGAAUAAACUCCUUCCACAUAUCGCUCCGACUCUCAUUCAAACAACGAAUGAUGAAAAUAUUGCGGAGGACAAUCACACAUGUCAACUACUUGGUUCGAUGAUUGAAGCAUUAGAACGAACGGAAAACACCAUUGGUCAAUUAUUAAACGAAAACGAUAUCGUCGAAGAGCAUCUUCUCGAUGAUAACGGACACGAAAUGCUUUCUUAUGCAUCCCCAACAACCGUUAAAACUGAUAAAGAACAUCUGAUUAUCGGUGAACUACUCAAUUAUAAAUUACUAUUGAAUUCAAUCAAUUGUUAUUCAUCUGUGGAACAGCGUUACACAUAUGCAUUGAUGUUACAAGAGAAAAAGCUAGUCGAUCGUUUUCUCUCGAUCGUAUUAGGAUUGAUCCCAGCCAAUCCAGUUUACAAUGAUCCAUUGUCAAUGCAAGUCUCCUCAAUAACGAAGAAAUUCACACAUUCUAAGUCGAUGUUCGAGAAUGACGUCCAACUCAGCCCAGCAAGUGAUGUGAAUUCGCAAUACACAGUUCCACAUUUGGCUUGCUCAGUUUACUUUCAAUGCUUGAGUUUAAUUCCUGCUCUUGUUCGAGAAUGGUAUUCGAAUCAACCGAAGCGUAUUCGUGAUGCUGUGGAGCGUGUAACACAAAAAUAUGCUAGUCCUAUACUCAUCCAGCAAGAAUUGGAUUCAGCAUCGUCAUUAAAAGAAGUCAAUAUAGGCGAAGCAGGUCAAUUUACAGUGAGAAAACAUUCAAAUACUCGUGAAAUAACGGCUGUCUAUAACAUUGAAACUUCUCGAGUGGAGAUCUGUGUUCGUCUACCAGCAAAUUAUCCACUGAGUAUAGCAACUAUUGAAUGCACACAUUAUGUUGGAUUUACUAAAGAUCAGUGGAAUAAAUGGAUGUUACAAUUGAAAACAAAUCUUACACAGAAUAAUGGUGCUAUUGCUGAUGGUUUAACGCGCUGGAAACAAAAUAUCGAUAAGAUGAUGCAAGGAAUUGAAGAGUGUUCAAUUUGCUAUUGUAUUUUACAUACGAAUAACGAAUUGCCUAAGCGGACUUGUCGCACAUGCAAAAAGAAAUUUCAUGAUGCCUGCUUAUUUCGUUGGUUUCGAUCAUCAAAUAAAUCAACUUGUCCACAUUGUCGUGCAAACUUUUAA